CGGACGGGCGGACGGCGGUAGGACGGGCCGGGGCCGGCCUUGCGCGUGCCGUGCCGCCGCCAUGACAGAGCAGACCUACUGCGACCGCCUGGUCCAGGACACGCCCUUCCUGACGGCCCGUGGACGCCUGAGUGAGCAGCAGGUGGACAGGAUCAUCCUCCAGCUGAACCGCUACUGCCCCCAGAUCCUCAGCAACAAGGACGCGGAAAAGUUCCGGAACCCCAAGGUGUCCCUUCGCGUGCGGCUCUGCGACCUACUGGGCCACCUGCAGCGGAGCAGCGAGCGGGACUGCCAGGAGUUCUACCGCGCCCUGUACAUCCACGCCGAGCCGCUGCAUCGCUGCCUGCCCAGCCGGCACGCCCUGCACGACUCAGAUUGCACAGAGCUAGACUCGGGCGCUGCGAGCCGCGAGCUCAGUGACAGGGGACCUGUGGCCUUCCUGGCCUGCCUCGGCCUGGCUGCAGGGCUGGCGCUCCUCGUCUACUGCUGCCCUUCAGGCCCCAAGGUGCUGCCGGGAGCCCGGCGCGUCCUGGGCUUCUCCCCGGUCAUCGUGGACAGACACGUCAGCCGCUUCCUGCUGGCCUUCCUCACUGACGACCUGGGGGGGCUCUGACGGACCCCAGGCGCACCCACCGCCCACCAAAGAGCCCCCGCCAGGGGCCCACUGUUCUCUAAACACUCAUUUUUUUACCAUUUAUCACUUCUGAAGAAGCACUUCACCUUCGCCUCACAAAGGUGCUCGACGAUAUUAAAUGUUUGAGCCUCACCCCUUCUC